CGGGUCUGGCGAGAGAAAGAGGCAUACACAUCCCCACAGACAAGAACAGCAGGCGAUGUGCUUGUCCUCAUCCUAUCCCUGUUGCGACUUCCAGGUGAACCACCAGCAUGGACCACACUUCAUCUGCAGCCUUGUGGAGUGGCCACGCGCCGUCACCCGAGAAGUCUAGUCAAAUCCUGAUCCGCGAGUACCCUCACCGAGCUAUCGCCAUCGUUUCAUCCACCCAUGCCCUCAUCCUCCGACACACCUCAACCACUGGCGAAGCAAUUGGCAAUGGCUUCCUUGCAUCCGUACCUUCGGCUCGACCCCGUGCUGGCAGCACCAGCAACAGCUCCACUGCCAAGUGCAUGGUCGAAUUCUCUCCCGCGUCGCAACAGAUGCUUGCCGAUUAUCGCCCACUGAUGGCUCGGCCCAUAUACGGAACAUUGGGACUGAUAUCUGUUGGCGGGGAUGUCUUCCUGUGCGUUGCUACUCAAGCAUCAAGAGUCGCAACUGUUCGUCCCGGGGAGACAGUUGAGAGAAUCCUCAGCGUCCAAUUCUUCUGCCUGAAUUCUCCCGAUUACGACGAUGUCUUCUCUAUCGACCCAUAUGACCUCGAGCCAGAUGCUGCCUCGGUGUAUGGGCAGAACCUCAACCGGAGGGAUGUUCCUGUGGAGCACCCGUGCCAGGAGUUGCAGAAGCUGUUGAGCAACGGAACCUUUUAUUACAGCACCGACUUCGAUCUUACAAACAGGUUACAGGACAGAUCUGCCGAUGCCAUGACCUUCGACAUCGACAACUUCGACGAGUCCUUCCUCUGGAACUCAUAUAUGAUUAGCCCCCUGGUUCAGUUCCGGUCAAGGUUGCAGGAGCAGGAUCGAGAUGUGCUGGAUGCCUCGAGGAUUCUGACGUCGGCCAUCCGCGGAUUCUGCCUCACCAUCACAAUUCCACAGAGUUCCGCGCCGCUCCGCUCCACACAAUCCGGCUUACCGUCCUACCUCACCGUGGUAUCUCGGCUGUCUUGCAUGAGAGCUGGGACACGAUUCAACUCCCGGGGCAUUGACGAUGAUGGGAAUGUUGCCAACUUUGUGGAGACGGAGACGAUCUACUGGAGCCCCUCGGGUGUGAUCUUCUCUUACGCCCAGGUGCGGGGGUCGGUGCCAGUGUUCUGGGAACAGACUGCCGGGCUGAUCCCGGGCCAACAGAAAAUCACAAUCACCCGGUCAUCGGAUGGAACCCAGCCGGCAUUUGACAAGCACUUUGACGACCUGGAACGGGCAUAUGGGGCAGUCCAUGUGAUAAACCUCCUCAGCGCUUCGAAACCAGGAGAGGCAGAGCUGAGUGCUCUCUAUCGCAGUGCCAUCCGGCACUGCCCCAUGAGUCAGCCGGGAGGGAAGCAAUCUCUAGAUCACGCCCUCCUAAGGGCCACCGAGUAUGAUUUUCACGCCGAGACGAAAGGUCCGACUGGGUAUGAGGCUGCACGAGAAAUCCGUCACCACCUUGAGGACUCGGCCGAUGGGUUUGCCUACUACCUGGCAGAGGAAGCCGACGAUGCUGGCGUGGGGAACAAUGGUACCGCUCCCCGUCACCGACGUUCCGUCGUUGUCCUACAGCAGGAUGGGGUGUUCCGGACAAAUUGCCUCGAUUGCCUAGACAGAACGAACCUGAUUCAAACGAUGAUCUCGCAGAUGGCAGUCGAGGCAUUCUUGGGUCACCGCGGAGAAUUCGCGACUCAGGAUUUCUGGAUGCGGCAUUCGAGUCUCUGGGCCGACAAUGGGGAUUCCUUGUCGAGGAUAUACGCGGGCACUGGAGCGCUGAAGUCAUCCUUCACACGGCAUGGCAAGAUGUCUCUCGCCGGUGCCAUUGCGGACGCUCGGAAGUCCGCUACCAGGCUUUAUAUUAACAACUUUGCGGAUAAGUCGAGGCAGAACACUAUCGACAUGCUUCUUGGACGUUUAGUCGGGCAGACCCCCGUCAUCCUAUAUGAUCCAAUCAGCGACUAUGUGGCAAUGGAGCUUCAGAAACGUGGCUCGGAAUUCUCCUCCACCGAGAAGAUAACCCUCUGGGUUGGUACUUUUAAUCUCAACGGCCGCACCACUGGAAUCAAUGAAGACCUGUCGUCUUGGAUUUGCCCCCCGGAGAUUGGAUCUAAGCAGCCAGAGAUCAUUGCAGUAGGAUUCCAGGAGAUCGUCGAACUGAGUCCGCAGCAAAUCAUGAACAGUGAUCCGUCCAGGAAGCAGCUCUGGGAAAAGGCCGUGAAGAGGACACUAGACCUUCAUGCUCAGAAAACCGGUGGGGAGAAAUAUCUCUUGUUGCGGAGCGGUCAACUGGUUGGGGCAGCUUUGUGCAUUUUCGUCAAAACCUCGGUGUUGCAUAAUAUCAGGAACGUCGAGGGUAGCGUCAAGAAAACCGGUCUUUCUGGAAUGGCCGGAAACAAGGGUGCUGUCGCAAUCAGGUUCGACUACGCAAAUACCCCUAUCUGCUUCGUCACGGCGCAUUUGGCGGCUGGCUUCGCCAACUAUGACGAACGAAAUAAAGAUUACGCGACCAUCUAUCGCGGUUUACGGUUUCAGAGAAACAGGGGCAUCGAGGACCACGAGUCUGUGAUUUGGUUUGGGGAUUUUAACUACAGGAUUGGCUUGGGCCACGAGAAAGUCAUGGGUCUCAUUCGCCAGCGGGAUAUAGAAAGGCUCUACGAAAACGACCAGUUGAACCUCCAAAUGGUUGCUGGCCUUGCCUUCAACUUCUAUUCCGAGGCUCGGAUAACAUUUAUGCCAACGUAUAAGUUUGACGUCGGGACGGAUGUAUAUGACACCUCCGAGAAAGCGCGAAUUCCGGCAUGGACGGAUCGUAUUCUCCGAAAAGGCACGAACCUUCGCCAGUUGUCCUACAACUCUGCGUCACUGCGCUUCUCGGAUCAUCGACCGGUAUAUGCCACGUUUGACUGCGCAGUCAGCAUUAUAAACGAGUCACUUCGAGACAAGAUCAGCCGGGAGGUUUACCUGCGGAGAAAGGCCGAGGUAGGGGAUGGCACUGCCAACCUGACCACGGAGGACACCGAUGAUGAAGACCUCAUCGGCUACGACUCGAUAGAGCCGGGCCUUCCACCAGCAAGCUCGGAUCGGCAAAAGUGGUGGUUAGAAAACGGCAAAAUGGCUCGGUCAACAGUCACAGCCCCCAAGGCUAUGAGUUCGUCUCAGCAAACUAUUCUCAACCCAAAACGGCCAUCAAAUCCCUUCAGCCCAACAGAAGAGCCGGACUGGGUGAGUGUUCCACGGUCUGAAUCCCGCCUGUCGUCCUUCUCAAGCAUGUCUACCUCCCCCUACGAGCAUAUCAACCACUCUAGCAUAUUGUCGACCUCAGCAUCGACCCCAAUGCCGCGAAAACUGCCGCCGCCGUAUGACCCAUCAUCUCUACCCGCUAAAGUUGGUAGACUGAAUCUCGAAGUGGACGUGGACCAGGGGAAAUCCGACACCCCGCCUCCACCGCCUCCAAGGAGACAAGCCGGGGCCGGGGCUCCGGCCACCGCGACCUCUCGGUCCCAGACAAUGCCCAUAAACAUGCCGCCUCGGCCAGCCAGGAAGCCAGUUGAUAAGCCUAGCCCUACACCACCUCCAAGGCGACCAGAGUCUGUGGCCUCUCAACACUCGUCGAAGAGUAAAUAUGCUCCGCCGGUGGCAAGAAAACCGGCGCACUUGACGACGGUAUCCCCAGCAAGCAGCUCGUCUAAGAUGCUAAGCUCAGAAACCCAUCUGCCUAUGAAUGAAGCCGGUGAAACACCGAAUCCUAAGCUACUACGCUCGUCGUCGGCAGGUGCACAGAGCUUUCCAUCGAGUUACGAUAGGAGCUCCAAUUUUGAAGGGGGUCGAGUUCCUACUGGUCAUCCUGGAGGCCCAGUUUCUUCUCUUGGCAAGGAAAUGAUGCCACCCCUCAAACCUUCAAGGCCGCCCGGCGGCAACAUUGUAACGCCGGGGAGAAUCACUCCGACAGCGGGCAUUGGACUAGUCGGGUUGUCCGACAGACACGAGAUUCCGAAACAAGCAGCCCGCAAACCGGCUGUGGCAGCUAAGCCGAACAUGCUGGCGUCGAGUAGUUCACGGACACCUGAUUUGCUUGGAGAUGACUCGAAUAUGGAAAUGAGUGGGUGGGAGGCGCUGAAGCCGUCCUGAACGGAUCGUAACUAGAGUACAUAUCCCACUUCGGUGACGGCCAACCCAAAUGCAAUACGAAAGCAAUGGAAUCGCCGAGUUGGGCAGGGCAGAAACCCGUGUUGACCUGCGCAGACCAGUGUCAAACCUUAUUCUACUUUUACCCCCUAGAUUCCUCUUACGGUUGCGGUAUGGUUGAACCGCAACACAGUCCAAAGGCAGCAAUUGCGUACUGUGUGACCACCGACGUCAUUACCUUCCCUUCCAACCUCACGGCCCUGUCAUGUGUCCAAAAUCACACAGUACUGCGGACUAGGCAGGUACCGCCGUUUGCCUUGGGGUGUCUUAGUGGACGAUCCGAAAUUGUCUCUUCUUUGGCCAGAAAUGUCCGGAUCCUCAAAAGUCGACUUGAGAAAAAAAAAAUUGUUUUAAAAAACAUGGCUUUACCCAAAGCGUUCGUUCUCCAAGAAUCUUGUCGCCCAAGAAUCUGUCACCCAGCG